AUGUAUCGGUCAAAUGUUAGAUUUCUUGAUCUAUCUAACGAAAUCUUAUAUAUUAUUUUAAAGAAACUUGAUAAUAUUGAUGUUCUAUAUUCAUUAUUGGAUGUUGAUAAUCAACGACUUAAUAUGAUAGUAAAAGAAAAAACUUUCACUAAUACUCUCAAUUUUGUGUUAACAACGUCAACUGAUGAAAUUUUGUCGAUUACUGAUCCAAUACUUGAUCGGUUUUGCAUUAGUAUAUUGCCUAAAAUUAAUCACAAUGUUAAAUCGCUUAUUCUUGAAUCAGAAUCUAUGGAACGUAUUUAUCUUGCUGCGGAUUAUCCUAAUUUAACUGAACUUAAACUCUUCAAUUUCACGGACAAAAUCGCUUCAUGUUAUUUUACAGACUGUCUUGCUUUACUUGAUGGUCGUCUCAAACAGUUAACGACGUUUAAUGUUAUUAUUGAUAUUACAGAUUCUCAUUCAUCAGUUGUUUAUAAUAUGGAUUCACUACCUAAUUUGAAAGGUUUCUCAUUAACUUGUCGUUGCUACACUAAUGAAUAUGAUAGUCAAGUUUUACCUCUUCUUCAUCGUAUGUCAAAUCUUGAAGAAUUAACUUUGGAUAUUGUUAAUCAUGAUCGAACUACAUUUGUCGAUGGUACUCAGAUUCAUAAUCAAAUUCUUGUUCAUAUGCCACGGCUUCAUAAAUUUAACUUUCAUAUUAAUACCAGAACUGAAUUGAAUCUAGUUCAUGAUUUAUCGAGCGACGAUAUUCAACGAACUUUUACUAAUAUAGGAUAUGAACACGUGAUGUGUAUUCUAUACUAUAGCACUUACUAUGCUAUAUGUCAUGUUUUUUCGCUACCGUUCAUGUUUGACCAUAUUGACGGUAUUGGCAACGCAUUUCCACCUAUUGUUUUUAGUAAUGUUACAAACGUAUUGGUAUAUGAUAAAACUCCAUUCAAACAUGAAUUUUUCGUUCGAAUUGCUCGCUUUUUUCCAUUACUUAAAAAAUUGUCUGUUAUGAAUUUUGAAUCACCAUCACAGAUAUCAGACAAAUUGAAUUCUGAUGAUAAUCAACUGUAUUCAGUCGUUGAAUAUCCUUAUCUUGUUUCGCUUCGUUUGGAACAUAGUCAUAUUGAUUAUGUGGAACAGUUUCUCAAUGAAACAAAAACUCAUCUACCUCGUCUAAUGAAAUUGACAGUCGAUUACAAUCAAUUAAUAAUUGUAACAAAAAACUUCACAAGAAAUACGACACGGCUCAAUUGUUCUAAGGUGAAACACUUAAUUGUCGACAAAACAUUAGUGCAUUCAAAAGAUUUUUAUGUUUAUUUUCCUCUGUUGUCAUCUUGUUUUUGUUAUUAUACCUAUUUAAGUUAAUAAAAUAAAUAAUAAAAAAGAUUUUAAUAGUACUGUGCACCUCGAAAGUUUUUUCCCUUUGUAUUUUUUAGUUUUUAUCACUAUAUCUUUUUAAUUUAUUAACUUCCUAUAUAUACUUAGGGCAUACCAAAAGUAGUGGCAGUGACACUUUAUUCCCUUAUAGUGCGCUCAAAGAAACUUUCCUUAUAUAUAGUUUGAUAGAGAAAAAAAAGCUCUAUCUUUCUAUGCUAUUUGAUCAUACUUCAACUUAUAUCAUAAUAUCAAAUUAUCUAUAAAACCUAUUUCGGUUGGUUGUGUGCUGGUUGUACUAGAUCAUAACUUAUGAGAUAGGCUAGUUUUCAAUCUCUUAAUACAUUGUACGAACAACCCAAAUGUACCAUAAGGUGCAGCGUGAAAAGCUCUGCAAUUUAUAUAAGGUCACUUAUUUUAUAACUGCACUUUUUGUUUUCAAAAUCGACAAAAUUUUGAGGGAUCAAAUUUUGGGUGUUGCGAAAAUUAGUCGCACAGAAUUUUCUUUUUUCUGAAAACAAUUACAAUGAGCUUUAUUAUGUAGAUUGUAGAGCUUUUCACGCUGCAUCUUCUGAUAUAUUUUGUUUUUCUUUUGAUGCAGCAUAUCAGGUGAUGAAACAAUGAAAUAAUAAAAAUGAAUUCGUUGCGUAUCGGAAACAUUAUCUUUUUCGCAUGGUCGCUAUUCGAUUACUCAAAAUUUUGUCGAUUUUGAAAAUAAAAAGUACAGUUAUAAAAUAAGUGGCCAUAUAUAAAUUGUAGCGUUUUUCAUGCUGCAUCUUAUAGUACAUUUUACUUGUUCAUACAGUGAAAACUAACCUGUCUCAACGUUGUGAUCUAGUACAACCAACACAUAACCAGUCGAAAUAGGUUCUAUAGAUAAUUUGAUAUUAUGAUAUAAGUUGAAGUAUGAUCAAAUAGUAUAGAAAGAUAGAGCUUUUUUUUCUCUAUCAAACUAUAUACAAGUAACGCUCAUCCUACGGAUUCGCUGACCCUUUUCUGAAAGAAUGCUACUUCAUUGUGAAUUAAGAACAAUUUUAUUCUGAAAGAGUCACUUCUGAAUUAUAAUUGAUCUCAAUUAUCAAUGGUUGAGCUUAUCACUUGCUUUGAAAUGAUUGUAUAGACAUUGGACGAAUCACAUCGCAUACAACGAUGCAUUUGUUAAGUCUUUAAGUUUUCAUUGAUCAUAUCUAUGAAUGAUUAUGCUAAUUGAUAUUUUUUGUGCAAGCAACUCAUUUACAUAGUAUAAGGUUAAAAGUCAUCGUCAAUUGUUAAUACAUGUUCUACAACGUUCGAUAAAGAAGAAAUGGUCUCUCUUUCGUAGUUCAUG